CAUGCAAUUCAAUUAUACAUGAAAUUAUGUUGCUUAUGUUACGAAAUGUAUGACAAAAUUUAAUCAUUGUAGCUUUGUGUUGAAUAUUUUCACUAUCAAUGAAUCUUAUCAAAGACUAUAUAAAUAUGGACUUGAUUUAAGAGGGGAUACACAUUAUUUAACCGAAUGAUAUGAAAGACAUUAUGUAAACAAAAUGAGCGAUCAAAGAGAAACAAGAAACGUGGAAAAUGGAAAGAAAGAAGAAGCACGUGAUAAGGAAGUUAGUUCAAUGCAUUUGAACGACGAUAUUACAAACCAAGAGAAUGCUAUCAAGUCAACAAACGCGAGUAUAGAUGAGUCGAAAUCUGGACACCAACAGGCAGGACGAAAAGACGAAAAUACCAAUGAUAAAAAUGAGGAACUGAAAGAAAACAUAAAUAAAAAGAAUAAUCAAGAAAGAAACGAUUUGGUAUAUAGUGGCUCUGCAAAUGGAGCUCAUCAAGUGGCGGGAAGAAAAGACGAAAAUAAGAACGUCAAAGAUGAAGAAAUUAAGGAGAACAUAAACGAGAAGGACAAUCAAGACGGAAAGGAUUCGGUAUAUAGUGGCUCUGUAAUAGCAGCUGUUGGCGUACAAGGGAAAGACCCGCGCGAUAAAGGGAGGAAACAUACAGAAAAUCAUCUGACAGAGAAGGAUAUGAUUCGUGUCAAAAAUGAUGAUCAAGAAAAUACUUACACUGAUAAUAGAAUAUUGCCUAUUACUUGGAAGAAUGAAUUAUUUGAACAACAAAAUAGUCGGAUAGUCGGGACAAUACGCAAUCUUGAACCAAUCACUUCGCAUAUCCGAAUGGAAGAAAUUCAGUGGCAAAGACUAUUGGAACGGAAGUUGACAAGAAAAAAUGACGAAAGGGAACUAGAACAAAGUUAUAGGGACGAAAUUCAAACACAAAUCAGAAAAAUAGAGAAAAAGAAAAAGACUGAUAAUUUAAUGCUCAAAAGAAGAAUGGUUGAAUUUGAGAAGAGACGAAGAGCAAACAAUUUUGCUUUUUGUCGAAUGCUACAAAGAAAGGAUAAAGAAUUCCAAAUAGAAAAUGAUGCUUUACAACAAAGAAUUCUUGAAAUCGAGAAACAAAAACAGAAGAACGUUGAAAAAUUAAAAACCAGAGUUAGUCACCUCGAAGAGAAGAAACAACGAGAACAGGAAGUCUUUCUACAGCGUAUGCAAGAGUUGGAACACAAAAGAGAAGAGGAGUUCGAAGCGUCACAAAAACGUUUUCAAGAAAUUGAAAAACGCAAAUAUAACGAAAGAAAAGCUUGGCUUUUACAUGUCCAAAAGAUAGAAGGAUUGAAAAAGGAAGUUUUUAAGAGAUCCGUCCAGUCCUUAGAUUGCGAACCCAGAUCAACUGAUACAUUUGAACAAUCACGUGACCAAGAAGUAUUACAUAAUCAGAACAUCGUUAAGAACGUGAAGGACCAGGCAAGAGUCAUGGAAAAUGUUAGUACUCAAAACAUACAACGUACCUUAAUGCUUCCUAAAAUACCAAAACGUGGGCUGAUAGGUAAGGUUAAAACGGAGGGAGGAAAAUCAAGAAAGAAAAAGGAAAAGAAUUAUGGCGAUUUAAGUGUUACAGCAACUGAGAAGUCUUUACAUAGUGGAAGCAUACAAGAUGAUACUGAAGAUUUAAGACAAAAUGUCACAGUAUCAAAUUAAACUGAAAUAAUUACGUUUCUAGAUUACACAGCAUACCAUUAAUCAUUGUAUGUGACACUGUAUGCAUAUAAGUUAUUCCUAAAUCAACCAUGCUGAUUGUCAAGACUUUGCAUAAUACAAUUUAACCUUUUAUGUGUAUAUAUAGUAGUUAUCCCCAUAUCAACAUGCUGAUAAUAUAGACUCGAAGAAAAUUAACCAAGACACUGUUAAGACACUUCUAUAUUUUUAUACUGAUUUU